AUGCCAAAUGAACUCCACAUCAUUGAUGUGCUAGUAUUUUACAUAAUACAAUUGGAACAGGCUGGCCCAAGGGAAUUCAGGUUACCCCGAUCACGUUCAUUACCAGAAUUCCAUCUAUAUGAAUCUAUUUAUGAAGAGAUUGGUUUUGAUCCACCCUCAAAGGAGAGUAGACCCAGGAGUUCUUAUAGACAUAGACCCAAGUACAACCUUGACGAAUCUGACCAAGAAGAGGACAAUAAGAAGUCUGAAGCUCACCCUACUGUAGACGGAGCUAGUAGACCAACACAAUCUAGACCAUACUCCAGCUCCUACAUCAAACAAGAUCUUGAGAAGUUAUCUGCCUACCGUUCUGCAAAGACGGAGAGAAAAAGAGAAGCUCUCCCAGAGGAGGAAGAUCUUCCUCCACUCUUACAGCUUAAUUCAGUGUAUACUGGGGCUGUAGAUCAUAAUGAAAGACAAGAGCAAAGGAGGGUAGCAAUGAGACAUCAAAUGAAAGAAACAGAAGCAGAGGCAGAUAAAAAGGAGCAAGAAGAAUUGAUCAAGAUCAGAGAGCCAACUUAUCCCCAACCUGCUACAGUGACUACUAAAAUGCCUAAUAAAUCAACAAUAAGGACAUCAGAUGUACGGGUAUCAGAGAGGGUCAGUCAGACCGCAGUCACUAUCAACCUGUAUAAGACAGUCUUCAAUGAACUUACCGAUGAUGUUGAUGGAACCACUAUUAAGAAACUUGAUGCUAACCUGUUUAGAGGACAAGAAAUCAAAGAAGUUUAUGAAGAAAUCCUCAAGACAUUACCAACUGACCAUAUGACAUUUGAUAUGGUAAGUUCCGUUUCAGUCUUACUCCAUGAACAUAAAGUUGAUGUGGCAUGUAUUAUGGAAACCUGGUGUCAUUCCUCUAUUCCAGACUGCUCUCUUUCCAUUGAUAACUACCACCCCCGUUUCAGAUGCAACAGAGAUCAUACAAUUUACAUCAAUAACUGGGAUAUACUCAUUUGAUUUGCUAGUUCAUUACGAUUAACUUGCAUGCCGAAUAAAAGUACACAAUUUUUCUUGCGCGCGCGCAGCAUCUCCCUACGCACGCACUAUCCCAAGAUCAUCACGCAACUAGGCGUCCAUUUCCUCUUUUACUUUCGCCUGCCGCCGUGAUCAGACGUUAGCUAAGUACACUCCCACUUUACUUCUUAAAAAGUGUCCGUUGUUUACAUAUUUAUCUAUGUAUUUACAGCCUAUUUCAAUCCUUUGCCCUUCGGCUUUAGAUUGAUUUCAUUUAUAUCUCUACUGCACGGAGCUUUCGUGUUAUUAUUCACGUUUUUCUUUAAAUAAACUUGUGAGUUCCGAACCGUCAGUUUCGUUUUCUCACAGACGGGUUGCUUCCGCUUCCUUUCCCUGUAGCUCCGCGCACUACCUGCGUGCCGUAGGCAUUGAUACGACGCUCCCUUUUUUCUUUAUAAUCCUUUUUUAAAUUUUUUAUAAUUCUUGACUUGCUCCUUUGCCUCGUCUUGAAUUGAAUUGAUUUUAUUUCCUCUCCACAGCUUAGGCUAUGGGACAGGUAGGAGCGUCGUCCUUGUUUGUUCUCAAACUUGUUUUCAACUUGUUCUUUUGUGAGUCGGUUGAUUGUCUCAAUCAAUCUUUUGUUC